AUGGCAACCGCCGUGGCCGCUACUCCUGGCUUGUCGUCNUUUUUGAAAUCACUCAAGCACGCUGAUGUCGAGACUUCGAUUGAACAUUUCAUCUCACCUUGUGCUAUUGCAACCACUCAACUACUGCUUCGUAUUGUCGCUGCUUCCNNAAAGACCAGAGAUGCUGGUUCCCUGAUCGAGCGUGUGCGCAAGGUUGGUCAGCGCUUGAUUGCUGCCCAGCCCCGCGAGAUGGCAGUCGGUAACAUUGUGCGCCGCGUUCUUGGUCUGAUCAGAGAGGUCGAGGAGACUGGACUGGAUGCUGCUAUCAGCGAGGCCGAACACAGCGAUGAACCCCAGCAAUCUCACAACAACUCACUGCAUCGACCAGUCAUGAACUCACACAUCUCCGACUUUAGCCCACUACAUCACAGCGCUGCUGGUCCUACCAACGUGGAUUUGAGGCAGGGGAGCCCUGCUUCGGCCGAAUUCCAGGAUACUACGGGAGCUCACAGACCUCCUCUUCUUACUUCGCACACUUCUUACGCUACGGGUCCUCAGGUUACUUCGCUGUUCGGACUUCUUUCACAUCCAGAUGAGCCUUCUCCGAUAGCGACUCCACCAGCAGGUGCUCAAUCUCCAGUCUCAAAGACAGGUCUCCGCCUAGGAAGCAUUGCCGAGACAGCGCAGGCCAAAAUGGACGUCAAGGCCGAAGUCAUCGACGGGAUUAAGGAGCUCGUCGAUGAACUGGAAAUCGUCGACGACCAGAUUGCCGCCUCGGCACUCGAGCACAUCCACGCCAACGAAAUCAUCCUCACCCACACUUCCUCGCAGACCGUCCAAAAGUUCCUCAUCGCUGCAGCUCGCAAGCGAAAGUUUACUGUCAUUCACGCUGAAGCUUACCCUAACGAUCACGUCGACACACACGCUACUGUCUUGACUGGCGGCAAGAAAGGCAACGAUGACGACGAAGAAGCAGAUGAGCGAUGGAAGCCGCUCAUCUCCAUGGGCAUCCAAGUCAUCAUGAUCCCAGACUCUGCUGUGUUUGCGCUUAUGUCGCGCGUCAACAAGGUCAUCCUCGCUCCGCAUACUGUCCUUGCCAAUGGCGGUUUGAUUGCAGCUACUGGAGCUCUUACCAUCGCGCAAGCAGCAAAGGUGCAUCAAACCCCUGUUGUCGUGGUCAGUGGUGUGUACAAGCUUAGUCCUGUGUAUCCCUUUGACAUGGAGGAGCUGGUCGAGCACGGUGACCCGGGCAAGGUCAUUGAUUUCCAACAAGGUGAUCUGGUUGAGAAUGUUGAUGUCAACAACCCCAUCUACGAUUACGUUAGUGCCGACCUUGUGGACUUGUACAUCACCAACCUGUAA